AUAAUAAUAAUAUAUGUGAUCCAGCAUCAGAUUCAGAGACACUGAAAUAAAAUAUAUAUACAUAAUUAUAAACUACCCAUUUCUAGUAUUUUUCUUUAUGUGUGUGUGUGUAAAGUAAUUGAUGGUUUAUCAAAAUGUAUGUUUCAAACUGCACUGUUUCUUCAUAGGAAGCUGUGCUACAUGUUCUGCCAUAUUCAAUGAUAGUGAUAUAAUUAUGACAUUAGCAGUAGUAGAGUCAUCCAUUUUUGGUCCUUAAAAGUUGUCUAUAUACAUCUACUUUUAUUUUUCAGGAACUCAACUAUACCCCAUCUUUAAACUUCUAUAACUAUAAAGUGCUGUCUUCCACUACUGCCAGUGGCAACUAAUUUUAUAAGUUAAUCAUCCCAAUUUUACAAAAAUAAAACUUGGGUGUUGCUGGCUGUGAAAAGGAUGUUGCUGCUUUACAAGAGGAUUUAGAUUAUUUGAUAUUUUUAUUGAUGAAAUUUUGAAAAAUGAUAAUGAAUGCAAGUGAAGAAAAGUAUCGAUGUCCAAAAUGUGAAAAACAUAAUAGAACUUUUAAGGACCUCUGUGAACAUGUAAAGUAUGAACAUGGACUUUGGAAGUUUGAACGACAAGAAUUUUUACACAGUACUUUGACAAGACCAAUAAGACAAAAUUUGCUGAAGGACUUCAACUACUCCCUUCCACUGUGUGAUACUUUAACUGGAGACAACUGUAUAAAUGGUUCAGAUAAGUGGAUGCAGAAUGUUAUUCAACAACAAAUCUUAGAUAAGCAGAAUUUAUCAAAAGACCUUGAAGACUUGAGGAAAGAAAACCAAAUGUUAAAACAACAGAUUGAGAGGCACCAGAAAGAUUUGCAAAAGAAGAGUUAUUUAAUUGAAGAACAAAGCAGAAAGCUUAAAACUGUAGAGGACUACUUGGAUGAAGUUGGAAAAAAGGAGGCUUUGGCUAAAGAAGAAAUGUUUCACUAUGUAGAUGAUUUAAUCAGACGUGUCCAAGUUGCAGAAUCUGAAUGCAAAUCCUUAAGACAGUUAACGGUUAGUCAGAUCAAAUGUAUACAAGAAAAAUCUUCACCAAAAUCAUCAACAGAAAAUGAAAUUCUUUAUUUAACACCAAAAGAGUCUCUAUCUUUGAAUCUUCAUCAAACAUCAAAAAUUAAAGCUAAGAACCUGAUACCACGUGGUAAUAGUCCUGACUCAGACUCUGCAAAAGGAGAAAGUGUAACAGCUGGAAUCUCAGAUCGUCAAUCUUUAAAACAGCCACUACUGUCCAGUCAAAGAGAAGAAUCCAUCAUGAAGCUAGUAUUCUGCUACUUGGACACAAAUGACAUGUUAAACUGCCGACGUGUGUGUGGGAGGUGGAAGAACUGGAUUGAAAUCCCACAUUACUGGACACAAGUACUUCUUAUUAACUGUUUGGUUACUCCCACACUAAUGCUUGAGAUGUCAAAGUUUUGCACAGUGACAAGAAUGUUAACUCUUCAGGGUGUGAAAGUCAGAGAGAAGGAGGGACAAGAGUCUGAUCAAGAAUAUUUUAAAUCAACAAGAGGAAAGUUGGAACCUUCUUUUGAUAACCUUUUAAAGGCAAUGCAGAACUCUCUAACCUGCCUGUCAAUUGUAGCCUGUGAUAAUUCUUUGACAGAAAGAAGUCUGUGGCAGGCAAGUUGUUGCUGUCAUUAUCUGGAGAAAGUGGCAUACAUCAGUAGCAUGUACCCAGCCUCCCCAGAAGUUCUGUGGUCACUCGGAUCUGGAUGUCGAUUGUUACGAUGUCUGAUAAUUCCACCAUAUUACCCAAGUCAUAGCAAACAGAUUUUAAACAAUCGUUGUCUAUUAACUAUUGGAAGAAGCUGGCCUAACUUGCAGCUCUUAUGUAUUGGAGGAACUGAAAUAGACAUUCGAGGCCUUGUCACUGUUGCUAAACACUGCCAACAACUGGCAGUCCUAGAGCUGGAUCACGCGGGGGAGUUGCAGGAAGAUUCAGUGAAAGAAAUGUGCAGAGUUGGUCUGAAAAAACUAGAGGAUCUUUACCUCACACACACCUUAGUCACUGCAGCAGCUUUGCUCCAUAUACAUGAAAACUGCUCUACGUUAAAGAAGAUAAAAAUCCUCACUGCUUCUUCAGACUACUCCAUCCACUCAACUAGUGUGCAGGAAUACAAUAAAAAACUUGAGGAAUUAAAAGCUUUGAAAAAGCAGUCAAGAUUUAGAACACUUCUUUACAUCACAGAAUGGUAAUGACAAUCAAAGUUAAAAGAUAAACCCAUAUUUAGAGCUAUUGUGAACCCUCAGAGUUUUUCAAGUAAACUUUUCAUUGAAAAUAUAUUGUUUCAAACCAUAACUAGAGUAUUCCAAGACAAUGUCAGUAACAGUAAAAAUUUUUGUAGCAGAGAUUAACUAACCAUCCAUGUAAAGAAGAUCAAAUUUAGCUUUCAUUAGAACAGCUAUUGUUUUUUCAGUGUAUCAACACUAAUUCAUUUCAUGUUUUAAGUGCAUGUACUGCUUAUUCAGAUGUCUUAAAUUAAAAUAUAAUAUUAUUAUUAUUGUUUAUAAACAAAAGGAUGUUGCACUGUUUCUUGUAACUAAGUUGUUUAUUAGCAAGUUUUAUUUGAUGAAAUAUAAUUUAUACCUUUGGAAGGGUCCAUAUGACCUAAUUACCUAUUUGUUGGUGAAUUAGAAAAUGGAUUAACAAAUGGUAAACGAGGAUAGAAAAAAUUCUUUGUUUAUGGUAUUUUUCAUAUAAGUAAUAUUUACCACUUUCACCAUAUGUUUCAGAGUGUUGUCAUUGUCAAGUCAUAACAUUUUGCAAUAUUUUAUUUCCUUAAAUGGAACUAAAUGAAAUGUAAGUGGUUGUUAUAUUGCUUUAUAUAUAAGUACCCACCUAAUCUUUCAUCUUAAUCUAUUAAAUGUAGCUUUCCAUGAAGUAUCAUGAUGUGAAGCAAAUAAGUUGGUUUAACUUUAAAUGUCAUUCUAAAUGUGUUUAUUGAAAUGUGCUUCCCCAAGUCAUUUUUUAUGCAUAAUAUAUUGUCACAGUUGAUUUCAAAAUCUCAUAUUUUGUAAUUUUCUACAACAUACUAGGAGCUUUCUUCUAAACCAACUAUUUAGUAAUGUUCCCUUAGAAAUUAUACAUAUUUUCUACAUUUUUUUACAGAACUUGUUUUGUAUAUUGUAUUUUGUAAGUAGUGCUCUUCUGCUGAUGUAAAAUUUUGAAUAAACUUUAGUAAGAUGCAUUUUAAAAGACUAA